AAACCAUUCUCAGCACUGAACGUUCGCAAAACCACCGAAGCACCGCAAAAUGAGUGAUAGUGAUGUGUCCAAGAUGAAGGUUGCGGAUCUGAAAAAGGAGCUGAAGGCACGAGGCUUAAGUGUAAUGGGCAACAAGAACGAGCUUAUCGAUCGGUUACAGACUGCAUUGUUGGAUGGUGGCGAUGUACUAGAGGAUACGGCCAACUCAGAAGAUCUGCUAGACGACGAACUGAACGAUGAUCUGCUGGACGAGGACAAAGAUCUCACUGAUCCGGCAGCGGAGGAAGAGCAAAUGCUCAAGUCGCCCACGCCGAGCGAAACAUCGAAAUCGAUUUCGCCCGACCAGCCCCGAAAGCCGGAAGAUGAACCGCACCCAACUGCGGACAAGUCCGACACGCCAGCGGCAACUCCACGUAAGAUAUCUCUCAAGCGAAACAUUUCCAUCACAAAGCCCACACUUACAACGGACACAAGCAGUCCGCUGGCCGCCGAAGCACCGAAAGCACAAAGGCAACCAUUUUCCACCACGCCGUCCAGCAGUGCCGCCAACAGUGGAAGUGACGGAGAGCCGGAAAAGAAAGUUGUCAAGCUUGGACAGCUUACCGCUCUGGAGAGGUUGGAGAUGAGAGCGAAGAAGUUCGGUGCCACAGCGGGAACAGCAUCGUCCACUAGUUCGGCCGCUACUACUGGCACCACCACAGCUACGGACAAGAUGCAGGCCCGUGCGGCCAGAUUUGGACUGACCAGCGCUAGCAGCGUUACCGCCCCAAGCAAUAGUACACCGGCAUCGCUGGAAGCACUAAAAAAGCGUGCUGAACGGUUUGGUUGUUCCGUAUCGUCCGAGAUGAGCAAACUCGAGCAGGAGGAAAAGUUGGCAAAGAGACAGGCCCGCUUUGGGCAGACGGCGACUACCACCGGGAAAACGAUGGCAUCAAACGGUGCCGGAAAGGUUUCAGCAGCUUCGGUGGAUUACGCCGAAAAGGCUAGGUUAAGAUUGGAGCGGUUCAAAUCUGCCGCUUAAGCGCG